GUUAAUAAACUGUGUUUUAGUUGUUCAAAAAGAAGAAUACUCGAUGUUCUAACAUUUCUCGUCCAAAAACAUUGUUGUAGUAGUAAUGCCCAACAAAUAUCAACUUGAUGUCAAACUGUGAAGGUUAACAAAUUAGUUUGUUUAUUUAUUUAUUUAAUUUUGUUGAGAACUCAGCCUAACUCUAGAGGAAUACCUUGUAUUGUAAAUAUUACUUCGGAAAUUUCGAGGCACCAAUUCAUCUGUAGUGCUUUUAUUUUCAUUGAUAUUUAUGUAGUUUGGUGCUGUUUUAUGGUAACUUUCUAGGUUGGAACGAGUCCUUUUCGCAUUUCCCCCUCCUAACAUGUCGGUUGAAACUUGAAAGUUAGAUCUUUUUAAUAUAUAUGCGACAAUUCCAAGAAAAUAAACCCAGAAUCUCAGACGUAACAUUUACUAAAUAAAUUAAUAAGCCAUGUCCUUUCUCUUUCCAAAGAAAGAAACCAAUUGUAGCAUUUCUUGCUCCCUUUUUCUUUAUCCCUCCUACUAAUUACAAUGCUUUUCUUUGUGUUCUUCUAAUUCCAUAAACUGCUCAGUUCUCACAACUGAUACCUUUAUAGCCACAUGCGACACACACAUAGAGAACCAAGUAGAGUGAGUGAAGAAGAAGGACCUUACUCACUGACAUAAAGAAAUAACCAAAAAGCCAUGGCCUUUAGUGCAGUUGGCAUGGCUACUUCUCCGGCUUCAUCUGCCACAAUGGACAUAAGAACAACAAAGCAUAACGGUCUUCGCCGAUCAAGUUCCGGCAUAGAACUUUCCACACGUUCCAUUAUGCAGAGGUCUUAUUCUGAUACCCACCUGUGUUGUGCUGUCAAUCCCAUACAAGCUACAUCUCUGCAGCCAAAGCAAAAGAGCAACAAGUCAAUGGGGAUCUCGCCAUUUCAAUUUUCAGGCUCCAUUUUACCGAAUUCGCUGCGGUCUUUCUUGUUUGAUCCGGAAACAAGCAAGGAAAUGAAUAUGGGGGAGAAGGAUCACAGCUCACAUUUUGAGGAAAGUGCUGUGGAAUGUAAUGAAGAUGAGAAAAUAAACAGGACUAAUUGGAUAGAGAGGCUUAUGGAGAUUAAGAAAAAUUGGAGAAAUAGAAUACCAAAAGAGGAGAUGGAUCCGGAUAUGAUAUGUGACAAUAAUAGUAAUGAUGAAUGUGACUGUGAUGAAGGUUGUGUGGUGGAUUAUGUAGAAGAUGGGCAAGAAGGGACUUAUGAUCACGACUCGUUCACAAAAUUUCUGUCUCAAGUGUCAUGGUCUGAUACCAAAUUAUACUCUAAGCUUGCUUUCCUAUGCAACAUGGCUUAUGUGAUUCCAGAAAUCAAGGCUAAGGACUUGAGAAGAUACUACAGCCUUCAAUUCAUAACAUCUUCUUUAGAGAAGAAAGCUGAAGUGGAAAAGUUGAAAGAGAGAUUGGAUAAGGACUCGACUCGCAUACCUAUCAAUGGCUCUGUAGCCUCUCAAGAUGGAUCAGAAAAAGGAAAAGAUAACAAAGAGAGGCAUCAAAUCCGGCUUGCUUAUGAUAUUGCUACCUCGGCCGCCUCUUAUGUCCAAUUGCGCGCUAAGGACCUCUUGUCCCUUACUGCCAAGCGACAGCAGCCGCAGAGUGACAUUCUGGAUUCUAAUGGAAGGGAAAAUUCAGAAGGAUUUGAGGCGGAAGGCGCUUCCCGGGCUUAUACAUCAGAGGUUGCAGCUUAUGUUGCAGCAUCAACAAUGACGGCUGUGGUAGCUGCUUGUGAGAAGGAGAAGCAGGAAGCAGCCAAGGAUCUUCAGUCACUUCAUUCCUCACCUUGUGAAUGGUUUAUCUGUGAUGAUUCCAACACUUACACUAGAUACUUUGUAAUUCAGGGUUCAGACUCCUUGGCAUCUUGGCAAGCAAACCUUUUCUUUGAGCCAACCAAAUUUGAGGACACAGAUGUACUUGUUCAUAGAGGAAUUUAUGAAGCAGCAAAAGGAAUAUAUGAGCAAUUUUUGCCAGAAAUAAAGGCUCACUUGAAGAGACAUGGAGAUCGCGCUAAGCUUCAAUUCACUGGCCAUUCCCUUGGGGGAAGUCUCUCUCUUCUGGUUCAUUUGAUGCUUUUGAGCAGGAAGGUUGUCAGUCCCUCAACUCUUCGACCGGUCGUGACUUUCGGGUCGCCUUUUGUAUUCUGUGGAGGCCAUAAAUUGCUUGAUCAUCUAGGAUUGGAUGAGAGCCAUAUCCAUUGUGUAAUGAUGCAUAGAGAUAUAGUUCCCAGGGCCUUCUCAUGCAGCUAUCCUAACCAUGUAGCCCUUGUCCUUAAGCGCCUAAACAGCACGUUUCGCUCGCAUCCUUGUCUCAUAAAAAAUAAGUUGUUGUACUCACCAUUGGGUAAAAUAUUCAUUCUCCAACCUGAUGAGAGAACAUCUCCUCCUCAUCCUUUGCUACCUUCAGGAAGUGCCUUCUAUGCCUUGGACAGUGCUAGAUGUGGAUACACUCCAAGUGUUCUUAGAACUUUUCUCAAUCAACCACACCCCAUUGAGACACUUAGUGAUCCAACAGCAUAUGGUUCAGAAGGCACAAUUCUAAGGGACCAUGACUCCAGCAACUACCUCAAAGUUGUCAAUGGAGUGUUGAGACAGCAUUCGAAGAAUAUCGUCCGCCAAAUGAGGAAGCAGAGGAUUAAUGAGCUUUGGCCAUUGCUGACUACACCAUCUCCACACUCAUGGAACCAUGAACAGAACUUGGAGAGGUGUAAUUUGAUGACAAAGGAGAUAGUGACAGGGGUCUAAUUUAAGAUAUCUACUAGUCAUUGAAUAAGUCAUCGAAAAUAAUUAGUGUAGACAUCAUGGCAUGUUAAUGUACAUUUCUAGACAUCUAACGAGAUUCUGCUACAACAUCUCUGACUAACACUCUGUAGAAAGUACAAUAAGAUAUUUCCGUUGAUUUUUCUCAUCUUUGGUGUAUAAGAGCAAGAGAAUAGUGGAUGGCAUGAAAACUAUGAAAUGAUAUGAUA